AUGAAUUAUGAAAUAUCAUCUACCGGCACAAUUCGUUUAUCAUAUAAUAACAAAACUACAGCUAUUACAUCUAUUGUUGAUGGAAUAUCAUGUAUUUCAGUAGGAAUUAUAUGUUCUAUUAUAUAUAUUUAUAUUGUAAUAGUUACAAUUAAAUUAUGGAAAGAACAAAAACUUUUUCAUACAUCAAAUUAUAAGAAUAGUCAAGAUAAUGAAACAACAAGAGUACAUAUUAAAUUAACACUCAUUUCAGCGAUUUCAUUUACAACAUUAUUAUUAAAUUCAAUAUGCCAAACAUUAACAUUUUAUGCACAAAAUAACCAAAAUAAAUAUUUAAUUAUGAAAUUAAAUGAUAUAUCAUAUCCAAUUCUUGAUAUUUUAUAUUGUUUAGGUCCUUAUAUUAUUUUAAUAACAACAAAAGAUUUAAGAACAGAAAUAAAAUAUAUUAUCAAAAAUUAUACAAAAUUUGCUUCAAUUGUCAAAAUUAAUAAAGCUUCAAUUAUCACAAAAGUUUCAAAAAUUACUAAUGUUACCAAAUAA